CGAGGUGAACAGCAUUCUAAUGUUUUUUUUCUUGUUCAUUCAUUCAUGAUUGUUGAUGAUUCUUUGCUACGUUCAAGUUGUCUAUUGUGUCAUUUUCAUUAGAAAAAAAAAUAACGUGAAAAUUGUUGCGCAUUCCGGACCAGAGUUUUACGAGGUUCUUUAAACGCGUCGCUCAGGAUAACUCUGUGCAUUCAGAUUUGAUGACCUUGUUCUCGACAUAAUUACGAAAAUUGGUAUCGCCAUCUUAAUACUGUAUAUCGUAAGAAUUUUCCAUCUCUGAACUCGUUCAAGACAUGUUAUACCUUGAUUUUUUAAAAUAAGGAUUAUCUCGUUCUGCAAGUUUCCGCUGAUGUAAUUGCACUGUUGCUAGGAAGUAAUACGGCGAUCAUGUAGCUGGGUUUACUUUGUAUGCCGUAUACUAAAUCCGUAUUUCUACUUAGUAAAACUUCUAAGAAAUACAAUAUGUUUAGCCCGGUCCAGAUAAAACAGGAAUAUCCAGCUGUGGAGGACAGUAACCAAAAUAUUACAAACAGUGUCCAAGGAUCAUCAGAAUAUCCUAUUUUCACCAAUCAGGAUGUUGAAUAUAUGUAUCGUCAACUGCCACAAUUUUGGAGCCAAGCACAAUUGCAGGUCAAUCAAACUCCCACAGAAAUAUCUUCAAAAAAUGAAACAAUAGUCCGUCAAGACGUUCCACAGAUGGCGCAACCCAUGCCACAGCUGUCUGUCUCCAGUUAUUUACAACAAAACGGUAUGCCGUUCCCAAUAGCUCAACAACAACAACAACAACAUCAAACUAAUGCUGGAAAUCAAUCUUUACCGAAUCACCAAACAUCCACAAAUCUAUCGCAGGACAGCCAAACGAAUCAUCUCUCACAAAUUAUGCAGCAUCCAACAGCAACGAUAAACCAAACAAUCCUGGCAACACAAUCCUCCUCACCAACGAAGCACAAUGGUCCAGGAAGGCCUCCAAAGUCGUCAAGCAGUUCGACAACAACUACAGGAAAAAAGUUGAAGUGUCAAUGUGAAAUCUGCUUUAAAGAGUUCGGUCACAAGAGCAAUCUCUUUAUCCACAUGAGAACGCACAAUGGCGAACGUCCAUAUAAAUGUAGCCAGUGCGAAAAGUGCUUCACACAUAGUGGCAAUUUAGCCAUCCACAUGAGAACGCACUCCGGUGAACGUCCCUACGCAUGUCAAAUAUGCGGUAAGAUGUUCAGCCACAGCGGUAAUCUUUCAACCCACCUGAGGACUCACUCCGGCGUUAAACCAUACAAGUGUAGCGUGUGCGCAAAGGAGUUUCGUCACAGUGGCAAUCUCUCCAUUCACGAGAGAAUACAUUCCGGCAUCAAGCCAUUUCAGUGUAGAGUGUGCGGCAAGGAAUUCUACCACAGUGGCAACUUGACGACGCACAUGAAGAAGCAUCCUGUGAACUCCGUGACCGUAGGGAACAGCGAAGAACGUGAAAAUGCGGCGCAGCGGCGCCAAGGCGUCGGUAACGCGACGCAACACGUUGUCGGUACUGUCGAUCCUGCUGCCAGUGUUGGCAGUAUAAAUAACAUGCACAAAAGUCAGCAGCAUAGUAACGCUGCUGAUAUGAUAGCUGUCAAGAGUGAAAGAUCCGAGGAGUCCCAGGAUGACGGUACCAUCCUGCCGACGAGUUAAUUAAUAUCCGUUUUCAAUACUCGUUUGGGAUACAAUAAAUGUUUGGCUGAAAGACCAUAAUGAGAACAGUCGUUGGUAGACGGUUGUCAUUGUCGUAGUCCUUAGAACGUUGAAUCUCUCAUCCAGAGGAUGACUUAUUGUCCAGGGUGUACUUAAUGGGCGUUCUCACGACGGUGAAAGGCUACGGAGUUAUAUCGAAUAGUGUCACGCGAUAGCCUUCAGGAAAGUAAGGUCUAUUUUAAGAGACGAGAAAUUCGUAUUCACGCGGUAUUCAGGAUUUCUAAUUGGAAGUCCGAUAAUGCGCCUAUUGACUUUACAUUAAAUCGAAAGCCGUUCAAUUCCUGGCGCCAAGUUAUACUACGGCUACUGUUGUUGUCUGCGCCAAAACGACUAGUAUUAUACAAUUCUACAUACUUUAACUGUAUACUUGUUGGGCUCUAAGGCGUAAUAUUUUUUAUCGUUAAAAUUUCGAUAUUUGAAAUUAGGUGAUAAUUACGUCGCGAAACAAUGAACGUUGGGCGCGAUUUUACGGUUUAAUUUUCGUCCCGUUGUGCAGUGAUUUAAAAAAAGAAAUACUAAAUUAUUCGAACGGUCUCUCUAAAACAAAAUGAAUUCUUGGCGACUUGAGAUCUUCAUGGUAAACUACGUAUGCAAUUGUACAUCAGAUGUAUUUCGCCAGACAACAUCCCCAGGAAGUAGCAACAGGCGUGCGCAUAUGCGUAAUAUUUAAAUGCGAAAAACCAUUAUAGUAAUUAUUCAAAAAACGUGUUUCGUAUUUCUACCUAAGAGAAUGUUCUCGAUUGUCAGAUAUCUUAAGAUCACCAUUGCUGUUUAUUCGUCGAUGAUUAGUAAUCCCGUGAGGAUGGGUUUCGAUUUCGCAAUAACGGGAGAAGAAAACGCAACAGCAUGGAGCCAUUGUAUAAAGAGGAUAGCAAAGGAUAAACAUUACCGACUUUUAUCUCGAGGUUACUCAGACAAAAAAGAUUAUUGGAAGGACGCGGCUAUAGUGCAAUAUUUACCGGAUUGAAUAAUCUCGAUAUUCGAGUAAGAGUAGCCAACAUACUUGUCUUUGGAAUUUUUGUGAAAUGCAUAAAAUACUUAUGUAUUUGCUAGAUGUACCAGAAAACAGAAAACAAUGGCGCGACAACUGACGAUUAUCUUUAAACCGAUCACAAACGUUUUAUUGUAACGAUACCCAUUAUUAUUGAAGUAUCCGACAGAAUGCUGUGCAAACAUACUGAAAUUUAAAUUGUAAAUAGUUUCCCAUCCGAAUGUCCAACCCUUUGCUUCUAAGAUGUUAGAAGUUAUUUAUCCUGGUAAAACGUUUUACUAUUUUUCUUUUUCCUCGUUAGGUAGUAAGCUUUCCGGAUAACCUAGGGGUUCUCGCAUUCUUUAAUAAUCGAUGUAAAAUCAUGAUGUAAUCAUUUAAUACCUGAUACGUCGCCAUGUGAUUAAUGUGACGAUUUGUAACGCUACUCCCUGUGGACUUAAUAUAUUAUUUUUAUUAUCGGUCA